UUGUGAUUAAGAGAAAAAAACAAUAAUUUAUUUUUAAAAAUCCAUUAGCAAAAAUAAUCAUUUUUUCACCCUCCUCCUCUUCUUUGUCUCCGUCUGCAAAUGUCCGUAUAUUUGAAACACAGUGAGGGAGAGGAGAGACUUGUUUAUGAAAUUUUCUUUCUUCUCAUGAGAUCGAGAAACUCUCCAGAAGAAGUAAUCGUUUCCAGGUGUUUAAAAGAAUCAUCUUUGACUCGUUGAACCAUCUUCAUGGAGAAUCUAAAUACUGAUUUUGUUACAAACGCAGAAGAAAGAGAAAACCUUUACGAGGAGGAGAUGGCUUGUUUCGAUUCCGCAGAAGUUACGGCGGAGAGCGGCGCUGGACCACAACCACCACCACCACAAACUAUAGUCGCAGGAAGCACAAGCAACAGCAACUGCAGCGUUGACGUGGAGGACCUCCCUGAGUUCCAUCUCAGCCCACAAGACUGUCCUCCUCAACCUUCCUCAACACCUCUGCAGUUUCACAUCAACCCUCUUCCUCCUUGUGACAAUCAAUACCAGAUUCACCAGAUGUCUCACGAUCAACUACAACAACAGCACGCUAACUGGGACAACGGUUAUCAAGACUUUGUCAACUUGGGUCCUAACUCUUCAACAACUCCUGACUUGCUUAGUCUCCUACACUUGCCUAGAUGCUCACUCCCUCAGUCUAUGCUCCCCAACUCCUUCUCAGACAUCAUGUCUUCUUCCUCCGCUGCUGCCGUCAUGUACGACCCUCUCUUCCAUCUCAACUUCCCUCUCCAGACUCGAGACCAGAGCCAGCAAAGAAACAGUUCUUGUUUUCUUGGAGUUGAAGAUCAGAUUCAAAUGGAUGCUAACGGAGGAGGAGGAGGAAUCAACAUGAUGUACUACGAAGGAGACAACAACAAUGAUGGGUUUGACAAUGGGGUUAUCGAGUUCAGCAGUGGUGGUAACAACCGUAAAGGGAGAGGCUCAGGAAAGUCAAGAACUUUCCCUACAGAACGUGAGAGAAGAGUUCACUUCAACGACCGUUUCUCUGACCUCAAGAGCCUCAUUCCAAACCCCACAAAGAAUGAUAGAGCGUCGAUCGUUGGAGAGGCAAUAGAUUACAUCAAGGAGUUGUUGAGGACCAUAGAGGAUUUAAAGAUGCUUGUGGAGAAGAAAAAGUUUGGGAGAUUCAGGAGCAAGAAGAGAGCUAGAGUUGGUGGAGAAGAAGAAGAAGAAGAAGAAGGAGACAAUGUGGUUUACAGGCCAAAGAGCGAAGGAGACCAGUCUUGCUUCAGCAACAACAAGGCGCUGAGAUGUUCUUGGCUGAAGAGGAAAUCGAAAGUCACUGAGGUUGAUGUGCGUAUUAUUGAUGACGAAGUGACCAUUAAGGUUGUCCAGAAGAAGAAGAUUAACUGUCUGUUGUUCACAACCAGAGUUCUUGAUCAGCUUCAGCUCGAUCUUCACCAUGUUGCCGGAGGACAGAUUGGUGAGCAUUACAGCUUCUUGUUCAACACUAAGAUUUGUGAAGGAUCUUGUGUGUAUGCAAGUGGAAUUGCAGACACAGUGAUGGAGGUUGUGGAGAAACAGUACAUGGAAGCUGUUCCAGCCAACGGCUACUGAGAGACUAGUGGUGCUUAAUUGCUUUUUUUUUCUUAAAUAACUUUGUUUUACCCUCUUGACUGAUUAGUUACUAUUAAUCACUUUGGUUAUUUUAUAAUUUAUGGAUUUCUUUUUUUGUGCU